GCAGUUUCUCUGGGAUUUCACAAUUGCAAAGAGCCCCUUGGGCUUCUCUGCCUUCCGUGAUACCACGUUCUUGGCAGUGCUGUGGUGUGGGAAGAAGGCUGAGGGCAGCUUUAUAAACUUGAACACAAAGGCACAUAAUCUUACUGGGACGGCAGAAGGUGAUACGGAGAAGGAAUAUACAGAGAGAGAUAAGUCUUUUUUUGUGACCACAGUCAACCCAUGAAGAGUGAGUGCUCUCAGCCACCUACAAAAUACCGUGGAGAAAAUGUAUGCUAGUCGAGAGGAUAUUGGAUACGAUUUUGGAGAUGACUCAAAAGUUGGAAGUAAGCCAAUUAAGCCUAAUCCAAACAUCGAUGGAGGAUGGGCUUGGAUGAUUGUACUUUCCUCUUUCCUUGUGCACAUACUUAUCAUGGGGUCCCAAAUGGCCCUUGGAAUACUCAACAUGGAAUGGCUUGAAGAGUUUAAUCAAAGUCGUGGCUUAACAGCAUGGGUUAGCUCCCUGAGCAUGGGCAUUACACUUAUUGUAGGUCCUUUCAUUGGUUUAUUCAUCAGCAUGUGUGGGUGCCGCAAGACAGCUAUAAUUGGAGGGAUGUUGAAUGCUCUAGGUUGGAUACUGAGUUCCUAUGCCUCAAAUGUGCACUACCUCUUCCUUACGUUUGGAGUGACAGCCGGCGUUGGAAGUGGCAUGGUUUAUCUGCCUGCGGUGGUCAUGGUGGGGCAGUAUUUUCAGAAGAGAAGGGCACUUGCACAAGGACUCAGUACCACGGGAACAGGGUUUGGAGCUUUCCUAAUGACUGCCUUACUGAAGUACCUCUGUACCGAAUUUGGGUGGAGGAACGCCAUGUUCAUCCAGGGUGCCAUCUCCCUGAACCUAUGUGUCUGCGGGGCGCUUAUGAGACCACUCUCUCCCAGAGACGUUGGUAGUGAAAAAUAUGUUGUGAGAAGUAAUAGUGAAGAUAAUCAGGCAAAAGCUCUGUCCCAUUCUGCAGAGACUAUAAAAUCUAACGGAGUCCUCAGUGAAGAACUGGAAAAAAAAGAAGAGGCAACAAAUGAAGAAGUGCUUGACAGUGUUCAGCACAUAGAAAUUGGAGGUAAAUCUAGAAGUGGAAGGAAUAUGUACGGACUGCGCAUUCUUAAGACAGUGAGCCAGCUGACGGUUACAGUCAGGAAGGGCUUUGCAAUAUGGUACUCCAGCUACUUUGGAGCUGCAUCACUGUUUACCAAUAGAGUAUUUGUGGCCUUUAUAAUUUGGGCUUUGUUUGCCUAUAGCAGCUUUGUCAUACCCUUUAUUCAUCUUCCAGAAAUAGUCAAGCAGUACAACUUAUCUAGUCAGAACAAUAUAUUCCCUUUGACAUCCAUUAUAGCCAUUGUUCAUAUUUUUGGUAAAGUGAUCCUUGGAAUCGUCUCUGAUCUCCCGUGCAUCAGCACGUGGAAUGUCUUCCUCAUGGCUAACUUUACCCUGGUCACCUGCAUUCUUACUUUGCCACUAAUGCAAACGUACGUUAGCCUGGCUGUGGUUUGUGCUCUAAUAGGAUUUUCUAGUGGCUAUUUUUCUCUAAUGCCUGUUGUGACUGAAGAUUUAGUUGGAACUAAACACCUUGCAAAUGCCUAUGGCAUCAUCAUUUGUGCCAAUGGAAUAUCUGCAUUGCUUGGACCACCCUUUGCAGGUUGGAUCUAUGACAUCACACAUAAAUAUGAUUUUUCUUUUUACAUAUCUGGCUUGCUAUACAUGGUGGGAAUAAUAUUUUUACUUAUACAACCUUGUAUUCAAAAGAAACAACCAAGAGAAAAAUCUACGGAAGAGGCACAAGUAUAGAACAAAUUCCAGAAGUUUUUUUACGGAAUUUUUUUGUUUUCAUGUUUCUAUUGUAUGACAGUAUGAAACUGUUUUUCUUAUGGAACCAACCCCACUGAGCUGUAUUUAAGUGAAAAGCAAAUGUGCUCAAAAAUGCUAAUAAAUUAUUAGAAAUAUGCUUUUAAAAUGAGUUAAGAUCUUUUACUUUAGAACUAACAAAUACAGCGAUUAAAAGCACCCUGCCAGUCUUUUAAAAUUGGAACAAUGCUAGGAGCCUUUACCCUUGCUUCUCUUUUAACUUUUCACCACUAACCAUUGGUGAAACUCCAUUGACUGCAGUGCAGUUACUCCUGAUUUACACUAGUCCUACAAGAGAAUUUGAUCAGGAUAUGAAUGAUUUAUAAAAGUCCUUCCUACUAUGUAUUCUGUCUGAUAAAAUACUAGUUACUGAGUAUGAGAAAAUGAUUGUAUUUCUUACCUGGCUAGUCCAGUAGUGUUGAAAUGCUAGUACAAUAAUUCUGUUAAUUCAGUGUAUUAAAAAUACUAUUUCUGUGAU